UCGGGUUGCAUCUCUGUGUCGAUCGAGUCGUGGUGUUCCCUACCUCGGGCGUCUCUCUCGUUCUCCCUCCGUGUCACUCUUUCGUCCUCACAAACUUUGCCUGGCGAGAAGCGACGCUGUUGGCGGAGGCACGACGCCCACGGGGGCCUCACUCGAGUGGAAGCAAGUGCCACACGAAAAGCUCCUCCUGCUGUUACCCUAACACCACCGCCACAACUCCACCACCACCACCACGAUUCCAAUUUCUGCGCACAGGUGCGGCCUUAGAGAGGAAUGCGCGUCUCGGCCACAGCCGCGCCUUCCCCAUCUCGAUUCCGGCGCGCGGCUUCUCUUCCUUCCCCGGUGGCCUGCGGUAGCAUCGAUGUUCAGGGGCACCAACGUCGCUGCCAGGGUCUUCGAGCGCCAAAUCCUCACCCCUCGCCCUGGUGCAAGCAUUAAUUUGGUUAGACAUUUUUAUGAGAAUCUGGUUCCUAGCUGUACUAUAUGUGAUAUUGAUUGUCCAGAUCACUCAUUGCGUAAGAUCACGGAUGAUGGUCGGUACCUUGUAAGUUUUAGCAGGAACCUCCAAGAUAUCAUAGUUUACAGACCCACAUGGUUGUCAUUUUCAUUCAAAGGAGAAAAUUGUGAUUACCAGAGUUUGACCCAGAAAGCAAAGAAGUUUGACAGCUUCUUUACCCAGCUAUACACUGUAUCACUAGGAUCUAGCAGUGAAUUUAUUUGCAAAGACUUUUUUCUUUAUUUGGAGGAUCCUCAAUUUGGCUUGUUUGCAACAUCCACCGCACAAAGUCAUGAAGUUCCUGCUAUUGAGGGUGCAAUUCAUGGAGUCCCUUCAAUAGAAAAAAUAACAUUUCACCUUGUAAGACUUAAAGACGGAGUGGUAAUGGAUGAGAAGUCGUUUUGCAAUGAUUUUGUCAACCUAGCUCAUAGCAUGGGGGUUUUCUUGUAUGAAGAUUUAUUGUGUAUAAUGUCCCUAAGAUAUCAGACAAUACAUAUUCUUCAAGUUAGGGAUUCUGGAAACCUAGUUGAUGUGCGGAAUAUUGGUUCAUUCUGCCUAGAGGAUGAUGAGUUAUUUCUCAGCUCUCAUGCUCAGUGCAUGACAGUUCCAAAUAAAAGCAAACCAGUCGGAAGUGUUCAUGAAUCGGCUAAUGGCAUUCAUCACCAGCCGGUUGCACAAGCAAGCUCUUGCCUUACUGGUAUCAAGCAACGUUUGCUUUCUUUUAUUUUUCGCAAAGCAUGGAGUGAAGAAGCAGAUCCAAUUUUGAGGGUUCAACAUCUUAAGAAGAAGUUCUAUUUUCACUUCCAAGAUUAUGUUGAUCUCAUCAUGUGGAAGGCUCAGUUUUUGGAUCGUCAUCAUCUUCUAAUCAAAUUUGGUAGUGUUGAUGGAGGAGUUUCUCGGAGUACUGAUCAACAUCCAGCUUUUUUUGCUGUGUAUAACAUGGAAACAACAGAGGUCAUUGCAUUUUAUCAGAAUUCAUCGGAAGAAUUGUAUUCCUUGUUUGAACAAUUCUAUGACCAUUUUCAUGCAAACUCAAGAGAGUCGGUGCAUGCUAAUUUUAUUUCAUCCCACUCCAAUAAUAUCCAUGCUCUUGAACAACUUUGGAGCAUGAAAAACAAACAAAGCAGUUUCUCACAGUUUGUGAAGAAGAUGAUGACUUCAGUACCAUACACUUGUCAGUCACAAAGCCCUUCCCCGUAUUUUGAUGUGUCACUCUUUCGAUAUGAUGAAAAGUUGAUUUCAUCAACAGACCGGCAUAGGCACUCCACUGAUCAUCCAAUAAAGUUUAUUUCGAGAAGGCAACCAAACGUUUUGAAAUUUAAGAUAAAACCAGGACUCGAGACUAGUGGUGCCGAAGCAAGGACAAAAAAAAUAUGCUCGUUCCUUUUCCAUCCAUACUUACCUAUGGCACUUUCCAUCCAACAGACAUACAUGCAACCAACUGUUGUGAAUCUACACCUGCGGAUGUAAGGAUCUCAUGUUGGACUAAUAAGAGCUUGGUUGAUCCCUUUUUUUGGGUCCUUGGUGUGCUAGGAUUGAGGUGGUCCUCCCUAUCCGUUAGGCUGCAUCAUAAGGUUAGCCAUCAAUAUUGUUUAGCCAACUUUAACUUCUUUCAGCUGGUCUCGAUAGAAUUUGAUCCCAUAGACUAUUACAAUUUUGAAGAUUAGCUGGACAAGGUAUUAAUUAAGUCCUUUACAUGGUCAGAAAUGUUGAUGUGGCAUGUUGACCCCUUCCUUUCUUUGGUCUUCCAAUUUUUUUAAGCAUCGUAGACUAUAGCCUACUCAAUCAAAAGGCAGUUUGACCAUUGGUUAGCUUUCCUUGGGACUCCAUUCAUUUAUCUUGCUCCUUCAAUGAUAUUUGUUUGCACCAGUUAUCUUGGUGUCUCGAGUGUUCUUUGGUUUAGUUUCCUGUGAUCUUUGAUUGACUGAGCAUUCUAUAUGCAGUAUGACUUCAACUAUGCUUGGUGCUAUAAAUUUCCACAAGUUAUGAUUGUAAUUGUUUCACAUAAGAAAAUACCUUCAUGUGCUAUUGAAUCACUUUAAAAGUUAGCACACGCACAAAAGAAGAUGUUUGUUUGAUUCAGCUUUUAAUGUGGCACCAAGACAUCUCGAAUAAGCCAAAAAUGACCAGCAUGUGACUAGUCCAGUGUUAUGUUUGUAUCCAGAGACAAAUACCCUAUAGGAAAAGCUGAUAUGCGCUCAUUUGGCUAGGACUUAGAUUAAGUCCACCAUCAGGAUCCAUUCAGAUCGGAUAUGAAAAAUAAGUUGUUACAAGGAAAAUUGUAUGUCCUGAACUUAUAAUUGCCUAAGUUGGUCUAUCUGGAGGAAUCCAAUAUUAUUUGACGAAGAGUGUAUAAAGCUAGAUUAUAUCUAGUGCAUAUCUUUACAAAUCCUCACUUCUCAAAUCCACUAUCGUCUUAGUUGUAUCUAAGAUUAUGUGGUGGUUGUAAUUUUUGGAAUCCUUGUACCUCCUUGCUUCAUAUGUGGGGAGAUAUAAAGAAGUUGUUGUGUGUCAGGACUUUUAGGAUGAAUGUAAAUUCUAGAUAUUUCAUUGAA